GCUUGGUAUUAUCCCUACUUUCGAUUUAGAAUAUAAAUACGCGUAGGCAAUUAUGUUUCAAUAAGCACGAACUCGUCUAUAAAACAGAUUUAUAUUGCCCAUUUUUGGAUUAGAAAGCCGGAAUAGAGGAAUAUGUGAAUUGCAGAGACUGUGAAGAACCACUUUGUGAAACGAUUGAUGUUAUGCUUUAGAAUAAUAUAUAUAUAUAUAUAUAUAGAACACAAUAUAUAGCUGUACAAGAGUGUGGAUAAUGAUGUGCAAACAUUGUAUGUACUUAUUAUAUAAGGGGAACUAGGAUCUAUACAUGGUUCAAAAGGUAGUUAUCUUUGUUCUGUUACACAGUAAGUGUCACAGUCGACUGCUAUACUGAUGUGUGUGCAUAAGCCAGGUAUUUUUCUCUACUUUCGAUUUAGCAUAUAAACAAACAGAGUUGAGUUUUUAGAAUUUAUACGAAAAAUGUCUGUCAAACAAUACUUAUGCGGCCCCUGUUUGGCAGAGAAAGCCGAAAUAGAUGGCGUUGUGUAUUGUACAGAAUGUAAGGAACCACUUUGUGCGCAGUGUAAACAGGAUCAUGCAAAGAUAAAAGUUUCAAAGCACCACAAGUUGUGUGACCUUGCGGAUGUACCUCCCCAGGAGAUACAAGAACUUCUGAAGAACCUGAUAGCCUGUCCGAAUCACGAAAAGGAAGAAGUGGUUUAUCUGUGUAAAGACCACGAUAUGACGUGCUGUAAUAAGUGCGCGAUGGCUGAUCACAGAAAAUGCGAGGAAGUAAAGGUACUUUCUGAUAUUUUGAAUGAUAUAAAAGUGGAUUGUACCGGGCUGAAGAUAGUGUUGCAAGACUUUCAACAGCAAGGUGAGCGUCUUUUAGAACAUGAACGAAAUCACGAAGAAUUGGUUUUUCAAAUAGAAAAUCAAGCGUUGGCUUCACUCCAAAUUAUUAAACAGAAACUCUUAGACAUAUACGCCCAACUGGAGAAUGUAGUGCUAUCAUCUAUUGCUGAUAAGAAGAAAGUUAUAGGAGAAAAAAUUAAAACAAACAACGAUAAAGCACGUCAGUUUUUGAAUGACAUUAAACAGCAGUCAACAUAUUUUGAACAGGUUCAGAACUUUGGAACGAAUGAACACGUUGUUCUCCUGCAGCGCCAGCUUGAAAAGAAUUCGGUUAGUCGUCUGAAAUCAAUCAUAGGUGAUUUGGAGAAAGGUAGAAGCAAUUCUAGCUUUAAAUGUGUUGAGGAUACCUCUGUUGAUAGUUUGCUGUUAGAGGUUAAGAAUUCCUUGCGAAUAGAAGACUGCACUUGUGAUGUAAGUGAGACAGGCUCCGAUACCGAUAACAGUCCUUAUAAGCCAUAUACAGAGCGAAUUCCACAGCUUCAAUAUACUAAAGAUUUAAGUAUUAUACCCAUAUUUGACAAGAAAAAACGUCCCAUUGCGUGUUCAUGUAUAUGGAUAGAUAAGUACAUUUUGAUAGCUUUACACACAGUAAAUGCGUUACUAGUGAUUGAUGAAGCCAGUGAUUUUGUAUUAUCAAAAUUCAUUUGUGAAGUUACUCCUUGGUCAGUUUCAAAGACAGGUCCAAUGGACAUGGUUAUUACUUUGCCACAUGCUUGCACAAUUGCAUUUGCACAACUACGUUAUGGAAAUGUGCACGUUAUUACAGAACUGAAAACAAGAAUCCCGUAUUACGAUGUUACUAGAAAUGUCCCACUCAACCAGUACAUCUGUAUGUCAAAUAGCAACGGGCAGAUCGACAUUCUUAAUAAUGACGGAACGUUGCUUCGUGAAAUCAAUAUAAGCUCAGACAUAAAAGAGUGUGCAAUAUCAAUAUAUAGUUGUUGUAAUUUUAAUGCACAUAAUCGUGUGUUAAUAAUUUCAAAUAAUAGGGACACAUUAAUGGCACUGACCUUAAAUGGAGAAGAAGUAUUUGAAUAUAAGCACGAAGAACUAAUUGGCCCAAAUCAAAUCGCCGUGGAUCCUUGUGGUAAUGUGUAUGUGACAUCCUAUCCUCUCGCCAUACAUCAAAUCAGUCCUAGUGGACAAUGUAUAAGAUCUCUCCCUUUCAGUAAUGAAAUUAAAUCUCCGGUUGGUAUAUGUUUCAAUAACACGUUUGAUAAAAUUGCUGUGAGUGGUGGAAAUGAAUCCGGCGUCAAUCCAUAUCUGCAAGUUUAUGCAUUUACUUGAUCAUGGCUUAUACCUAUAAUUAACAUUCAAAUAAUUUAAAUGUAAAGGUUUAUCAAAACCCACAAUAUUUCGAACGCAUAAACGAAUGUAUCGUAUAACGUAUACGUGUUUUGGAAUGUGCAUUUCAAUGUAUUUGAAUAAAUGAAUAUAUUUGAUUUAUGUGAAUAGUAUAAAAUUUCCAGAUAAUGCACUAGUAUAAAAUUCACUUGUGUAGUCGUAGUGAAUUGUUAAUGAAUUGCAGCUAAAAUAAAUAAUGUAAUUUUUGUAUUGUUCAAUCCUUUGCAUGUACAAUUUGUUUGCGAGAUGUUUUGUUAAAGUAAUGAAAUAUGUACAGAGGGACAUCAACAUACUAGCAUUUGUAUCGAGUUUUGUGCUUAUACACUCGGAGACUUUUUUAACGCAUCACUUAAUCAUAUCAAUAUAGCUCCCUUUUUUUUUAAGGGAUUGUGUUGAAAUUUGGACACAAUAAUUCAACACAUAUCUGAUAAUUCCUGAAAAUUUAAUUGAAAUUGAAAAACAACAAAAUAUAAAACUUAACAAAUUAAAAACGUCCCUUCAAAAGUCAAAUUUGCAAACUCGUACAACGUUAAAUAAUAACAAUGUCAAAAGUAAAACGCAUACACUUACACGUCUUAAUAACUGACCGGCUUGCAACAUGCCGAUUGAGCCGUUGCGCUCCUGAAUAUUCAUACGAACCAUAUUGUUUUUCUUUAAUUAAUGUUAUGUUUUCUUCUGUAAACACUCACCUAGAAUGAUGGAAUUGAAAUUAAAUUGGAAUACCAGGUAUAUGUUUUAAUUCACUUUGUGACUUUUCUAACGCAACACUUUGAAAACGUACAUAUCUCAGUAAUGAGUUAAUAUUUUUAUUUAAAAUUGCACAUGUGAUCAUUUGACUACAUUAUAUGCAAGCUAUCGAUAAAAUCAUUCAUCCGUGACAAUCGGACGCUUUAGCAAGUAGGGAAGGUAGGCGGCAAAAUGCAAAGUGCACUAUUGCGCUCCUGAAUAUUCAUACGAGCUAUAUUGUUUUGUAAAUUAAUUUUAUGUUUUCCUUGUGUAAAAACCCAACUUAAAUAAUUGAAUUGAAAUAAAACAAGAGUUAUAUCGCGUUUCACCAUUAUAACAUAGUACACCGUAUUGAAAUACGUUUGCUUGUUUAAAGUGUACAUUUUCUACAUGUUGGAAAAGACCAAUAUUCAGAAAUUAAUGGGGUAUUGAUAAAGACUGAUUUCCUUAAUAGUUUAUAAGUAGUUCUUUAUCAACACAAUUAAUGAAAGUUGAUAGUGACAAAUGUUUUGUAUAAAUACUUCAAGAUUUUGUAUUAGAGAGAGUCGAGUUUGGUUCGCCGUCGCGACUGGACGGACGUGCUCGGCUCAUAGAUAUUUUACAAUGCGAACUAUACGAUCACUAUAAUAAAGAAUGUUUUAACUAUGAAUUGGGUUGUCAUUCUAUCGACUAUGUGAUACCAUUUCCACGUGCAAAAAUAUGAAACCACAUCAACCCCAUGUGCUAAAGUGCCCAAUCGUUACGGAUGAAUGAUUUUAUCGUGAGCUUGCAGAAAAUGUAGUCAAAUGAUAUUAUCUCAAAUUUUAAAUCAAUAUCUUCACUCAUAACUGAGAUAUUCAAGUUUGAAAAGAGAUGCGUUAGAAAAGUCCCCAAGUGUAUAUGUUUAAUAUGUUACUACAAGUAUUACAUAUGCAUAUAGUCAUAUUUAUGAUAGUUAAUACCAAACACUAGAAACUAGGUAAUAUGAACGUUUGAAUUAAUGUUUAUUAAUUUUCUCCAAGCCAAAACUUUAACCCGUUUUAUUGCUGACAGAUAUGUGUACUUCUUGUAGUUAGUUAUUCAAUAUCUCAGCUUGAUAAAUGACAUUGAGAUAGAUAGCUAACAUGUUCACGCACAAUUAUCAAAUUACAAGUAUGAAGCGGUGUAUGCUUCAACAUUUGUUUCAUGAUUAAACAUGUCAUGUGCUGUUAUUAAUAUCUAUAGUGUUGAUUUGCAUAUGAUAUAUCUUUCAGUGUUGUUGAUUCGUUAUUAAAUAUUUCUUAUUUAAA